AUGAGAGCCUUCGCCUUGAUCUGCUGGAUACUCGUCUUUCCAUCGAUCUCCGCUACUUCCGUCGUCCAUUCGAAAAAUCAACCAGACGACGAUGAAACCAGCCGAAAUCUGGACGAUAUCGUUACGGGCCGAUCGGCCUUGAGAUUACUCCCUUCCUCGUGGAUCAGCAUCCCUCUCAGAAGCAAACGAAACGACGAGGUCGAAGAGGAAACGCUGCCCACGAGACACGCGAAACACCGGAAACGACGUCGCUGCAGAAAUCGUUCGGCCUGUUCGCGGGGCACAGUUGCGAAAUUGUAUCCUUCGCGACAGAACGACACGAAGAACGAUCGGGACGUGACGAAUGCUGUGUCGGAACAACACGAGGGAGAACGAUCGAUUCCCGGAACAAAUAUCGAUCGAGCGCGGGAAAUGAAUAACGAGACCAAGGGGGAAAGAAACGGCUCGGGGGCUGUCGACGAUCCACUAGGAUCCGAAUUGAUAGAGUCGUACGAUGAACGGGGUCUUUUGGAGGAUAUCGAAUUCGAGGACACGAAUAUGCCAUCGUGGAUCGACGCCUGGUCGAAGAAGGACAAACGUAACCGUAGCGACGAUUACGGGGACGAGACACGUUCCACGUCCAUUUACAUGGCAAUCGAUGACCAAGUGACAUUCCACGAGGGCCUCGGCGUUCUAUUGAGCAAACUGUUCCAAAGCCUGCGGAACGCCUCCGCUGUGGAGGGUCGGGAUAUUUUCAAAGAAUUGAAUUUCGUGAACGCGACCAACGAGGAUCCCUGCCAGAAAUGGUUGAACAGCCGGGAUAAACUCGAGAAAGUUUUCUUAGGUGGUUUGGCCACGUUGCCCGGCUGCCCCUGUCAAUACCCGAGCAACAUCUUUUACGACGACAAAAUUUGGGACGAACGGCUGGCCAGGCAUUUCAGGUGGCGGGACGUGAGCGGCGGCUCUCAAAGGCUCGACGUUUACAAGCCCGGCGCGGCCUACUGCGUGCGCUCGUUGCUGACGCAAGAAAGCGGAAGUGCGGCCGCCCAGCACUGCUGUUACGAUCGCAGGAGGAGACUCCUGACCCGUGGUUCCGGCGCUGGGACCCCGAACUUCGUCAGUCCGGAAAUAUCGCCGAUCUUGCACGAGAGGAUAGACGUGCUGCCAUGGAGGCUAUGCAAAGGAGACUUUUCCAGGUACAACGGGGUCAGACCACCGAACAACGACAACGGCUGCGACGCGAAUCCCGACGACGAAGAGUACCAACGACAGAUCGACAACACCAAGUACUAUUAAUUUGUACAUUCCCCAGUUUUUAACCAGCGUUCACGAUGUA